AAAUUUCAGAUUAGUAGCAAAUUUCUUUCGUUUAUUCUUGAACAAAUUUAAGCACUUUUUAUAUGUGAUUGUGAUAAUAUGACAAAUUUCUGAAAACUUUGGACCAACCUAAACAACAAAGAUGAGCAUGCUAAGAUUGGAAUCCUAUUUGUCUCCAUUUCUUCUCAGCUAUUUGUCCAAAUAUGUGAAAGAUAUUGAAGCCAAAAACUUCCAACUUUCUCUGUGGGGUGGAGAUGCUGUUCUGCAUAAUCUCCAGUUUAAAUUAGACGCCUUGGACAAUGAACUCGGAGCUGCACCAUUUAGUUUUGUGAGCUGUCAAGCACAAGAAAUGAGACUCCAUGUACCUUGGAGUAAACUAGCAUCAGAGCCUGUAGUUGCCACACUGAAUACAGUUGAAUGUGUGAUCAAACUGAACUGCCAUAAAACUUUGAAAAAGGAAGUGGUGUCUACUAAAGAUGAUAAGAGUAACCCCCCUCCUGUCCAAGCUUCCUACAUUGAAGGGUUGCUUAGGAAAAUAAAGAAUAAUUUCUCCAUCGUCGUUAACAACCUGAUUUUAAAGUACAUAGAAGAUGACAUUGUUUUAUCUGUUAAUAUUCAGACUGCAAGUUACAAUGGGGUGAAUGAGCAAUGGAAACCGGCCUUUGUGGAACUAACGGAGAAAAGCCCAGUAUUACGGCAUGUAUGUGAGCUAAAAGACAUGACAGUAUGUCUGGAUAGAAGAGGGGUGAGUGGCCGUGUUGAAAGUUUUGAAGAACCGCUGCUUUUUCGAAGUAACUUGGUAAUAAGAAAGCACACAACUUUUCCAAAACACAUUUCUCGAAGACCUUCUGCUAUAAAGUUUAACCUUAUGAUGGAUAGAUAUGAACUUAACAUUAGUGAGGUGCAAUUGCCUGCUGUAUUGCAUCUGUUACAACUUUGCUUGCAUUUAUACUAUGGUCGUAUUGAAGUGUCGCAUACCAUUGAAGAAACUACAGUAGAAGCACAGAAUGAGUCCCAAGAAGGCUGGGCGUCAUGGGCAUGGUCGUAUGUACCUCCUAUUUUAAGCUAUGAUGAACUUGAGAAAAAUGAAGUAAGAAACCCAGUUCUAACUUUUGCAUUUUACAUAAAACAUAUUUGGAUUAAGUUUAAACCUUCACGAUCUGGAAGCUCAAAACAGUUUCACCGCUCACAGUCCACAAGGUCUAGACCGCUGUUAGAAAUGGAAGCACAGGGUUUAUCUUUGGAGAUUGUUUCUAGAGGACUGGAUUUCUUCUCUUGUUUGACCACAUUAGCAUUCGGUUCUAUUUCAUAUCUUGGUGGUGUGCCUGACACAGUAAAUGGAGUAAAUAUUUCAAACCAUGCAUGUAAUGAAAAAAUCCUAAUUGCAUCUGGAGGAGGUUCAUUGGUAGGAUUCGCAGCAGAUUCAUUGUUCGAUUUUCGAUCUCCAGAAAAUAAUGACACGCCAUCUCACUACAUUCUCACCAAGCAGGAGUUUGAUAGCAAGCAGUCUGCAUGCCGAACAUCAGAUGUAUUUUACUCCGAGUAUUUAUACAUAGCUGAAGAUGGUAGACAUGCUGAUGCAAUGGAAGAGGUGGAAUUCAAUGACUUCCUUAGAGAAGUAAACCUGAAAGAUGUGGAGCAAUGGGAGAAUGUACAAGAACGCUCCUGGAAAAAAAUAAUAGUGGGCGGCGAACGCAGUGAAUUAUUUCUCAGCAGUUAUACUUUGCUGUGUGCUGAUGUGUUGACCUCUUGGGCAAGAAACCACACACAUAAAGAAUAUCCUCUCCGUGCUAAAGAAAUUAUUGUUCAACCGCAAAGUUUAAAGCAAGGUAACUUAAUAUUCUUUGUCCCAACCAGAAUGAGCACAUUUGAGAUCCGUAAUACCUCUAUAACACUACCUGUUCUGCAUACACACUGUAGGAAUUAUUCACCGAAAAGGUUCCACAGAGUUGAUUUGUAUCGUAAAGGUUCAUACACACAACUACACCCACAUAAUGAUGAAACUAACGCAAAGUUACCAUGCUUAAUAACAAACAUUCAGGAUGCUAGAUUUACAAUGGACCAACCCAUGUAUGCUCGACACCUGGCUGCAUAUUUAUCUGCAUAUCGUUCUCCGCCAAGUCGUCUCUUGGAAAAAUGCAACACACAUUACACUGCUGUGGUAAGCAACAUCAACAGCUAUAUUUGGAUGUCAGAUCCGAAACCGAAUAAAAUGAGCACUCUACCUUCUUCUACCCUCCCUGUUAUACAAGUGGACGAUGUGGUAAUGGAAAGCCAUUCAUUACAAGGACAGGAGUUUUGGGAGGAGCGUUCAACCAUGCUGUGUGGACAAACCAAAUUUACCCUACAUUCCUUUUCCAUCCUUGGCACGCCUUUCCAGCUUGAAAUGCUGUCACACACAUUGGAUUCAUGGAUGCAGUAUGUAAAGCCGGUGUCUAAUGUUGAUCAAGUACUUGAUGUCAGUUUCAUGCAGUCCACAUUUGAAGAGAAUACUGUUGGGAAUCUCCAUUUUGUGGUGCAGAAUGUCAUCGCUGAAGUUAACAGCUCAUUUUCAAGCCACUCCAUCUGCGGUGCUCUGAAGUCAAUUGAUUUGUAUUGGAAUGCAAAUAAUCAAGUCAUACCAAUCAUUCAAUGCACCCACCACUUGAACUCAAACCAUCUUACUAAUACUUUUUCCAACUCUACGCCUCCAAAAUUAGACCUCCAGCGCAGGCAACAUGAAAAGCGAAGUCUGGUUUGGAAUGAAGACUCACAUUGGCUAUCUUUCUACAUACGCUCACCCACAGCUAGCAACACAUAUGGUGUUGCUGUUGUUCACAUGCACAGCACUGUGGUAAACAUAGACCCUUUUAUCCUGAACAUUGUGUCCCACUUUCCUGGUAUACCAUUACAACAUCUGCUACCUGUAACUACAGAAGCAAAUCUUCAAGAAGAAAAAGAGUCCACCACCUCAUUAUCACCUAAUUUCAAGUAUGCAAUACAGCUGCAAAACAAAGGAGUUCACAUUCUUCUUCAUAAAAAUUCCAUCCCAAUAGACCCUCACAGUUACCUUACAUUAAGUUUGACAGAUGCCAUCAGAUUAAAAAUGAUGGAUUCUGAUACGUGCAGUGGAAUUACAAUGGUUUGUUUCCCAGAAAUAACUGCAUUCACUUCUGGCCACAAAAGACUAAAAGUGACUCCUGACCUGCUGAAAAAGGGCGUGCCUGUCAAUAAAUUCACAGAGUUUGGAACCCUAAAUAUUGGGUUAGAAAACGCCAGUGUGUACACUGUGCUUACCCAUAACACAGACCAGCAUAUUCACUACAUAGCACAGCCAUGCGCUGCUACAUGUACAGUUGUAAUCACACCACCAAAAUCAACAAGUUCUAAAACAAGUGCAGCUAUUCACCUAGAUGUUGAACCAAUUAAACUGAAAAUUUCUCAGCCCCAAGCAGAACUCCUGGUGGCAAUACUAAACCAGUUCCUCACCUGUAUUAAUGAUGUGAAAAAAAAUUGCCCAAGUCCGCAACUGGAACAAAAAGUUACAAUGGAAAAGGUUCAAAGCCAAACUCCAAUUGAGUCAGUAAAAUCAGCCAACCCCAAGCCUGGAAAUGCAGAAUCAAAGUCAAAUCUCAGUGUCACAGAGAGCAGUUCAGUGUCUGAUAAACUUCCUUUUACGUUAUGGUUACAGUGCACGCUGCCCAAAUUUUCUGCCACUAUUUACCAUAAAGGUAAAGUGAUGACAAAAAUUGAGCUUCAAGUAGAAGACGUUAGUCUGUCAUUGGAUGUUCAGUCUGUAUACUUGAAAUUAAUGAGCUCCUUCUCAACUUGCAGUGUUCACCAUUACACCCGCACAGCAGGUGCUUGGUCCAAUUCUGAAUGGAAGGGUGUCACAUUAAGUCCAAUGUUUUCUACUCUACCAUCGUUUUUACAAGUUUGCGAAACACCGAAAUUUAACGCGCUUUCGCAUAACUCUGACUCUGCUACGAAACAUGGGAAGUUUUUUGACAUUACAUUCACACAAGCUCUUACUUCAGAUUAUCAUCAGCAUUUACGAGAAGAAGAAGACUGCAUUGAUGCUGCUAACUCCUCUGUUAUCAAUUCUGAAGCAAAAAGCGUCCGAAAAUGCGUCAGUGAAGUGAUAUGUACAGUACAGCCAUUUGACCUCAUGCUAAACCCAAGUAUAAUAGAGGAUUUGUUCAACACUUUUUCACCAUUACUAGGCAUAAUAGCUAUUACCAGUCAACAAAAUGGCAGCUCUUCAACAAAACUAGCUUCUCAUUUUAAUAUACCAGCAUUUUAUUUCACAGUUGGUGGCAUAAGACUCAUAAUUCCACUUCAGUUUUGUGAAAAUCUUCCCCCCUGUAGAGAUUCAGCACUGAUGGCUUGUUUCAACCAUUUACAGAUCAACCCAAGGCCCCAAAAUCCACUUACAAGGCUUGUGCUUGCACCAAAUAUAUAUCGCAAAGCAAAUGCUGCUGGCCUACUACAGUGCACUGGAAGCGCCUUGGAAGACAAACAAUUUGAAUUUACUUUCCAGGACAUUAGCAUUGGAACCACUAAAUUUUCUGAGGUAGUAGCUUAUCUAAACAACCCAACACCCUCAGAUAACCCAGCACUACAGUGGAAUACUGCUGGCAAAAUACCAAAGGUUGAAGAACCUACUUUCCAUCCAAUUAUUGAACAGUUUGAUAUGCAUGCUACCAUUGCCCCUGCAAUAUGGCACCGUACUGCAACCAGAGAAACUAUUGUAUGCGCCCCAUCAUUUGAAGCUAACCUUAUAACAGAUGUAGUGAUUCACCUUACAGCAAUGCAGAUUGGGACUGUAUUAGAUAUUGGGAAAGAAUGCAGCGAGAAUCUUGAAAAUGUUUUGACCAGUUAUCACUCAGUGACUUCUCAGAGUCCAGAGGAGCUUGCAACACUGAACGAGGACAGUGGGUUCAGUGUAUGUGAAAGCUCUCAUGCAAGUGAAAAGCCAGUGAAAGCUGCUAAUGUAAGUUUAAUGGGAGAUGGAUUGCUGACAAGUUGUAAAGUAAAACUUAUGUGUUAUGAAUUUGUGGAGAACACCGCUGAUGAAAAAUUAGUGAAACCUGUGUUUCUGCUUGAAAUAUUUCAGCCAUCGUUCGUUUGCCAAGUGUCAAAACAAUCUCAGAAGAUAGAAAUGCAGUUUCACGACGCAGAAGUUAAAGCUUCUGAUGGAAAACCGGUUCAACAAAGCCUAAUACAUUCAGAUGGUAAUUAUGCCUCUCCUCUCCUACAAACACUUUCUGGUAAAUGCGAUAAACGAACAGGAAUUCCUCCAUCUCUAUUCACUGCUACUGUUCCCCAUUUUUUAACCAGUAAAGCAAACAUCAACGUUGCUAUGGAAAGACCUAUGAAGUUUCAUUUAGAUGAGAACGUAGUCAACGCCAUUAACUCAACACUGUGUUUAAUGGGAAAAAUGGGACCAAAGAAUAAAGCAAGAGAAACUGCUACUGUACAACCAUCUAACUUGGCAAAAUUAUUUUCGUCAGCUUCAUUCCAAAGUGAUCAGAUUGUUUUAGAAGUUGAUUUCUCCACGUAUGCUGUGCGUGGCUCACUGUCCAGUCUUAAAUCCAAUUUACAAUUAAAAAACAACUCCAUUGGAUUUAAUGUUGAUGUUCACAAUCUUGCUGUAAGGCACAGGCUGGAUAACAAAGAUUUUACUCCAUUUUUGCUGCCAGUCUCCAUUCAAGUUUCCUCUCAAACAAAUCCGAUUAAGAAAGCUUCAAUUUCUCCAAUCAAGCUUAGAGUAAAUACAACACCAAUUCAUAUUAUGUGUGAUUCCAGCAUCAUUGACUGCAUUAACCCUGUAAAAGAUUGCAUCCUGAAAUGGCAGUCUUUUUUAACCAGUAAUAGCAAUGAUAAACCUCUUCAAAAAUCUGGCCCACAUCUAAUGAGCAACCCAUUAUAUUCUACCAACAGCGAUGAUUUACGAAUGGGCACGUAUACAUACAUUACAUCUGAUGAUCAUGAACCACAACCAAAUCAGAUCGUUUUUUCCUCAAAAGCCCCACAGUGUUCAAUGACUUGGUCCUACAGCCAACCACACACAAUAAAGAGUGUGCACAUUACGCCUUUACCGUUUAAAGUUCCACAGAAUUCAGAUGAAGAAAAUAUUUACAAUAUUAAGUGCAUACUAGAGUCUUAUGAUGAUGGGAAUUCUGUUUACGUUAAACAAAAAGAUUUCUUACUAUCGGAAACAGACCACGUUGAGUUCAAUUUGUUCUCCGAUGAAACUCCAUUUCACGAGAUCGCUUGCGCUACCAAGUGGCGAGUUAUUGUUUUCAACGAAAACGAAGUCAAAAUAUCUCCCAUGUCGCUUGCUGCAAGCAUGCAAGUUGAAAGUGUGUUCAGUUCGAACCUCAUAUCAUCUAUGUCUGUUCACGUUAACAUUAAACAGGUUCUUUUCACUUUUCUUUGUCACAAAAACCAAAACAAAAUAGAAUGCAUGCAAAUGAAAGCAGAUGAUAUUGUGUCUGAAAUUAAACAGUGGACUCAUGUAGACCCAACAAGUCUGUCUGCAUUCUGUGACCUGAAACUUUUUGCUCAAGUAAUUGACCAUCGUAACAUUACAUGGCUGCCAAUCUUACAGUCCUGUACGCUGCAUUUAUUGUACAAGAAUCUACAAGAACUCAACCAAGUGAAAGUUGAAUGCAAAGACAAGCUUGAGUUACAUGUCAGUCAAAGGGUCUUACACUCAUUGCAAUACCUCCUUACUGUGUGUGGCACCGGAUCCAUGUCCAGUUCCCACCAGGACUUUCCAGGUAUAUUGUUAAAAAACAACACCGAGUCAUUCCUGCUUAUAGGACAAGGAAUGACUGAUGAGUGCUUACGAAUGGCGCCAAAAACAGAGACAUCUUACUCCUGGCGCAGCCACAAAUGCUCUCCCAUGCUUCAUGUCUCUAUUGAGGGGUUUGGAAAUUCUAACUGGUCCGACACUUUUUCUCCAUACCCUCCUAAUGGUCACCACUUAAUGAUGGUAGGUGAUGAAAAUGGAGUUGUAAUAUCUACAGAAAUGAACACAUCAUGGCAAGCUAAGGUGACAUUUAACGGACAGAUAAGAUUUAUCAACCGAAUGUCUUUUGAUUUGAAUUUAUCAGUUGAAAUGCAAGACAAAACAGUAACUGCUAAUAUACCAACAGGAAGAGCAGCAGAUUAUCUUGUUUCACCUUCAGGCAUUGCAUCUGUAUUAAUAUCUCUGUCAUCGGACAUAAAAGAUUUAUCACCUAAAGUUCUUCUAUCUGAUCUAAUGAUGAAAAAUACUGAACCAAAGAUUGUUAAAUUGUUUGACUUUGAUGGGACCCCAAAGUAUGUUCAAAUUCAUCACUACAAGCAUGACUUGACAAAUACCUUUGUUUUGCUCCCAGUAUUUGUUAUAUGCUCCCAUUUACCGAAACCUGUUAUACUGCAUGUGGAGUCUCGAAGUGAACAGAAGACAGUCACUUACAUCUUACCAGGCUGUGGGCAAGAAAAACAACUCACGGACCUUACCCCUGAUCUUACCCACCAUCUCACAAUUCAGAUGAACGAAAACGAAUCACCGUUUGAUGCUACCAUACCUAUUCACUGCUCGCUCAGAAACACAAUGCCUGAGACUGGAGAUUUUAACUUAGAAAAGGAAGAUCUCACAUCUACAUACCCCAUGUAUGUAAAACAAAACAAUCAGACUGAUGAAAAUUGGAAUCACAGUGACGGUAAAAUUCAGGCAAAUUUAUCUUUAAACUGCAAGUCAUUGUUAGUGGAACUCACGCCUUGGUGUUUGAUACACAACCAAACGAACCUUGUAUUCUGCAUUACUUCAUCAGAUGGAUCAGUAUCAAUAAUUCAACCAGGUCAAAUAGAGGUCCCUGAUCAUUUUACAGGGCUCUUCCAGCUCCGGACUAGCACCAGCUCCAGCAGUGAGUGGCUCACACUUGAAAAAGAUGAAGAAAAUGAUCAUCCUUCACGAUCUGGUAUGCUCAGUUCAACCCGUAUUGCAUAUAAUGGAUCCCUAUCUAUACUGCUGAGGAAAAAAUCCACAAUAUUUGAUGUACUAAUCAAGUCCAGUAUCCAGCAUGGUAUCCGUCUGCUUACCAUUACGCCAAAGUGGUGGUUUGUUAAUGCGAGCCAGGAUCAUGAACUUUUAAAGGUAUCAGGAUGCACUAACUACCACGAGAAGUAUCUUAUGAGGAGACGUAAGCUUUUAGAUGCAAGUGCAGAAUCCCCGAUCCCAUUACUGAAGUGGAGGAUGGAUGUAGAGUCCAGCUCUUACUCCGACAGUACAUCCAGUGAGGAAACAGGAGUAAAAGAUGAUUCAGUAGAUGUAAAAGAUAACGAAGUUACAGUCAUUACUUCCUCUGUCGAUACAACAUCCUCAUUUAUGUGUAUUGGCACAGAUAUUAACGUUGGAACGUUACGUGCUUGUUUUGUUGACCGUACACUGUGUGUUUUCACUAAAGACUUGGUUGGUGCAGUUUCUGUUGAAAACCAAUUUCGUCGACGACUGAUAAACCUUCACGAAACCGGUGAAAAGAAAAUGGCAGAAAAACUGUUUCUUACAAAGUUUGAACAUGAUGAUAUGAUUUAUUUAAUUCUGAAUGAUGUAAAGGGGGAAAAAUAUUAUUUGCACAAUCACACAAGUUCAACUCUUUGCCUGCGUGAGAUAGCAGAUGUUGACACCCAUCAAACAACUGUGGAGGUAAAACCUACAGAAACUGUGGCUUAUGAAAGUUUUAUGGAUGCGGAGCUGUUUCCAAGGUGCUUGCGAAACUACAGAUCAAUCAAAAUGCAACUUGCAAAGGAAGGGGUGAAUCAAUGGACAGAAAUACUGGUUUCCGGCAAAGCUGCAAAUACAGAAAUUGAUAUUCCAGGCAUAGGAAUGGUAAAGCUUACGACUGUUGUACAAAACGCGAAAAUUCGACUUCAUUUUGGUGAAAUUCCAAUCGCAGAAAAUCAAAUUCCAUUAACAAAACAGUACUCUUUUUCUGCUAAGAUCCCAGAAAUGAAGGUUGUAUUCUUAGAUGAUUUAAUCAACCAUAUAUACAGCAUAGACAUGGUGCAGGCCUUCCUGGAUGAGGUCCAUGUCAUCAUGACAAAGGAUACAAGCUCAAAAAACUGGAUUGCAAAACUUUCUUUGUCUAAUAUUCAAGUUGAUAAUCACGCUUACCCUGAAACAGAUUUCCCAGUUUUUAUAUCUUCCUUGCCAACUGAUGCCGACAUCCCAUUCCAACUAAUGCUAACAUGCUCAGAUUCAUUCCAAAUCCUGUCAAUUGAUCUUAAACUCUUGCCAUUGGAAGUUAGAAGUGAAAGCGCAUUCGCACAAGCGCUGUCUAGUCUUUUACAAUCAUACAUGGAGUCUGCUAAAGGGGUUGAUGUCAAUGUAGCUGUGGAUCCUAUGUUUCCAAAUGCAGUUCAACAUGAAGCUAAAAUAAUCAGCCAGCCUUUAAGAUUGCAGUCCAUCAGUAUACAGCAAGCAAUGUUAAUUCUCAGUUUCCGAGCUGCAGUAAAACUCUAUGUUUCGAUUGAUCGCGGAGUUCUUUCUUUCUCAAAAUUUUCCUGCAGGGAUGUUGAUACAACAGUUGCAGAACUAACACAAGAGCUGAUGCGACAUUAUUUCGCUGAAACUGUCUUCGGUGCUGGGUGGGUGAUUGGCUCUCUUGAUUUGCUUGGCAACCCUGCAACGGCAUUAAGAAGUUACGCCAAAGGUGUGAGUGAUUUUCUGCUCAUGCCAUAUGAAGGAUUAAUGAUGGGACCUACAGCUUUUGUGGGAGGAUUCACGCGAGGACUUUCCUCUCUUCUUCGUCACCUAUCCUCUGGGACCCUUAGAUCUGUGACCAAUAUCGCAUCCAGCAUCUCAAGGAACCUCUCGAGAGAGCAAAAGUUGCAGCAACGAUACUUCAAGCUUCCAGGUGAAACUUCAGAAAUCCUUCUGUCUUCUGCAGCGGGAGAUCAAGAUACAAACUCUUCAAGUUCGGGUUUGGUAUCUGGAAUCAGCAAAGCUCUCGUUGGUGUGGUCACCAAACCACUUGGCGGUGCUGCAGGAAUGGUUUCUCGAGCAGGAGAAACAAUCAUCCAGAAAGUUGGCUUGGAGGAACAAAAAACCCAGCGCCAAGGAUCCUCUUCCCACACAAUUUCAAGUUACCGUAAUUCCGCCUCUAAAUUUAGCUUAAAAGUUAUUCAAGAUAAUGUUUCAGUUGACAUGCUGUUUCUACUCGAUUGCCAAAUAUUGAGCACAAAUGAAGCAGGUUUCGAAUGCACUCUUGUUAUAUCUCCCUCAAACCUCUACAUUAUAAGAUCAGCAGAUGAUGAAAUUGAAUCCGUACUUCCAAUAAAGGACAUUGACCUUAGAAUUUCAGAAACCUCUGAAAAUCAUGUUCUUUCAAUCCACCAAGCUGAAUCAACUAUAAAUGACACAGAUGCUCCAUACACAGAAAAAGUUGCAGAUUAUCUUGGUGUGAAUAAACAUUCAAAUAACGAUGGACCGAUUGAACCUCAUUCAGAAGUCAAAUACACAGCAUGUGUGGUGAACAACGCAACUGCUAACUUGUUCUUGUCUCUAUUUCAUUUAUUGAAGCAAAAACCAAACAAAUUUUCUUGGUAGAAAUUUUUACUGGUGAAUUUGGAUUAAAAAGUGUAAAAUUCAUUUUGAAAAAUAGACUUACAAAUUCUUUUCUAUCUCUAUUUCAUUUAUUAAAGCAAAAUCCAAACAAAUUCAUUUACAAGUUAUUUUUAUUAAAUUUUGGUUAAAAUAGUGUAAAAUUUUCUUUGAAAAAUAGUCCCGCAUAUUCAAAAUGUUCCUAUCUGUAUUUUAUUUAUUAGCAAAAUCCAAAUAAAUGUUCUUGGUAGAUUUUUAACUGUUUAAUUUUGGGUAUAAUUGUGUAAAAUUUAAUUGGAAAUAGUAUGACAUAUUCUAGUUUAAUUACAAUCAUUUAUACUGAAUCCCCUAUGAUACUUUAUUUACAAUGUACAACUUAUUUUGUAACUCAUUUAUCACAAUGUAUUCCACACUGUACUUAGUAUGUAGUUUUGUAUAUUCCAUGCCAACUUUUUUAAGUAAGAUUUCUGUUUUCAUCAUUUUUUGCUGAUUUAUUGGUGCCUUGGCAACUGUUGGAAAAAAAUAACUACAUAAUAUAAUGUUAAUAAUAUGCUUUAUUUACCAAUAUUUUUAAUGCUUUGUAAAAUUUUGGCAGUUAUAACAUGCUUAAUUUAACUAUAUCUUAAAUGUAUUGGUGAAAUUUUGGCUAACUUUUCUCGUUAUACGCUUUUUCUGUUUCUUGUAAUUUUUAAUGGGUUUUGAAGCCUUGAGUAACUAAUGCUUAUAGUUGGGUAAAUGUAAAGGUAUUGGAUGGUUGGAAGCAGAAGCGGAGCUGGUCAACAUUUCAGAAAAACCGAGAUUCAAGCAAGAGUUGGCCAUUGUUUUGUUGGUACCCAACUAAUUAAGGGAUAUUUGUGUCCGGUCCUAUGGCGUUAUACAGGGGUGAAGGCCUAUAGCAAGCCACACCAAGGGACCUGAGAUUCAAGCCAGAGUUGGCUAUUGUCAUGUUACUACUGAUUAUUGAGAUUUGAUGCACUAUCCACAUAUGACGAUCCAACACACCAGCUACAUCACAUUGCAUACAAACUCCAAAUUAUCUGUGGGUGAAGCUCUACAGCAAGCCAUACCAUUACCAAAGGAGUAUGAGAUUUAAGAUGGAGUUGGCACAAGUAAUCUGUGGAAAACCCUAUGAAGAUGCACCUAUGAAGAUCUUCUACAUCACACAAACUUUAAAUUCUGCUACAACUAAAGACAUUAUUAAACGCACCACCAAAAAGGGUGUCUUAGAAGCGCAAACAAAAUCUAAAUUCGAUCUACUAUAACUGAAGAAGAAAUUUUUAAAAAACACCAUCAAAAAUGCAAAAGUAACAACUGACAGUGACGAAACAAUCUUUCAAUAAAAUGGACAAUUCGUAAUAAACCAUCCAUGCCUGCUUAAAAAUAUUGUUUUUCAGGCUUCAAAACCCAUUAUAUAUGCUUUUUUAAUUCUGCAGCUAUAAACGUUCCCAUACAUAUUGUUGUAUUCGGUAGAUAUAUUUAAUCCAGCAGUAAUUCUAAACUUCUGUGUUAUAGUUUACUGUUAUUACCGUGUGUGCAAUAUAUGGUAUUAUGAAGUAUCUAAUUUCAUGCCUAUAGAUUAUAACAUGUAGCCAAUUAUUUAUUUUACGAG